GGGUACAGCUGGAUGAUAAAGCAGAGCUGAUGCUGAACAUGCAACAUAUUGAAUGUAUCAAACCUCCAAACAGCUUAUGAUCUAAACUUAAUGUAUUAAAGUAUUACUUUCAAGUGCUAUAGGAAUGUUGACCAUGAUAUGCAGAGAAAAACAGCAGGCAGCAAGCUUAGGCAUUCAACAUUUGGUAAGCAGGCCUGCAGGGGGAUAUUUAAAAGGAGAGCUGAAGAUCAGGUCAUGUUAGGCUCCCUGAAAUGUCAUUUAAAUCCAAUCCAACCAGUUUGCCCAGUAAGGUGUACAGGAAGUCAUGUGCUGGGCGUGUGUGUGUGUGUGUGUGGAGAGUAAGAGGAGAGAGGGAGUGUGACCAGAGAGACAAAACCAGAAGGAACAGUUAGAUGAUAAGGUGCUGCUUUAAAUUUCUCCAGCUAAGAAGUUAUUUUGUUCCUGUGAAAUUUGAAGAGCUCUGCAUGGAUUUAUAACACAAGAAGAUACUUGCAUUCCCGAAGGAAAAGAUGAGCUGAAUUUUUAUUCAAUUUUUAUUACUUACUACAGAGGUAUGUAUAGGCCACAUGGAGCUGGAGGGUCAUGGUUAUGCUGAUAGACUAUCCAGCUUCAGCGGGGCUAGUGUCAGCUGCUGGAGAAUUGAGUAUGCUGCUCUCAGACACAGUCAAGUACUGCAUCCUGGGCAUCUCAGUCACUCUUCUCCUGCUGGCGCUGGGUAUCUUGGCAUGGCAGACCUUCAGAUGCUGCACACAGAAACACACCACGUACACCUGGGAAGAUACCUUGAACAAUGAUCUGCUGUACACAGAUGAAAAGUCAAGGACAGCAGGAAACUACUCAGGAGCUCCAAGUACUAGGGUGGAGGAUGUCGGUACAGAGGUCCGCAGGCUGAGUCACUGUCUGUCUCAGGCCUCUGCUCCCUCCUCAGGAUCCAGCCAGGCAGACGCAGACAUUGGGGAGCAGGCCAGCAUUAAAAAGGUCGAUGGAUCGCUACGUUUUUCCAUCUAUUAUGACCAGCUGCAGUCCCAGCUGGUGGUCACCGUCUUGCAGGUGGAGGGGCUUCUGGAGGACAGCCAGAUGCACAGCUUCCAGCCAUUUGUAAAGCUAAGACUCAUGUGGGCAAGUUCAAGUUCACUGGAGAUGGAGGACAGUACCGAUGAGGAGGGCGAAGGGACUGCACCUGUCUUGUGGACAGUGAUGAGGGAGUGGCGGACUCGCGUUGUGAAAGGAAGCUGUAACCCUUUAUUUGGAGACCAGUUCAGCUGUAUUCUGCAAGAGGAUAAGGAGCUUCAUCACAUCAGUCUCCGGAUGGAGGUGAGGGACUUUGAUAAAUUCUCCAGACACACAGUGUUAGGAGAGGUAAGGGUUCCUCUAAGACAGCUCAACAUCUCCUACCCUCUGGAGCUACAAGAAGAUCUGAAGAUGCCCCAGAAGGAUCUUGUAGGAGAGGUGCUUCUGUCUUUAAAAUUUCUUCCCACUUCUCAGAGGCUUGAGGUUGGACUGCUAAAGGUCAGAACGGCCCUCACUGAAAUACACUCAGAUGCAGCCCUGUAUGCCAGGAUCAGUGUGCAGUGUAACCAGUGCAAGUUGAGGUACCAAAAAACCUCUGCAGUGGCCCGCUGCCUGAUGACUGUCUUCAAUGAGGUCCUCAUGUUCUCCCUGCCAGAGUUUCCCCUGGAGCAGUGCAAAAUAUUGGUUUAUGUGUAUGAGACUCACACAACCAGGAAAUCAACCAAACAUCUGAUUGGACAGUUGACUGUGGGGAAGGAGAGGGGUUCAGAAGACGAGCACUGGAGGUUAAUGAUGCGCUCAGUCCGCCAGCCAAUAGCAAAGUGGCAUGGCCUACUGAUCUGACUUACAUCUCAUAAAUACUCAUCUGCACUUCUUGGAUGUCCAUACUUGCAUCUGUGUAACUGAAAGCCAUGGUGCUUUUCUAUCACGCUGUUUAGGGACCUGCACCUGCUGAGCUACAGGCUGAAAUAUGGACUCCUCUCUCCUGACACCUCAGUGAGAGACAGAUCUUUCUGUUCCAAUCACAAUGAUGGAGUGACUGCCCAGCUGGAACCUUAGGUUACUCAGUCUACAUGUUCACUGACAUCUCCAAAUCUCACCAUACUGAAAGAGCUCUAAAGAUCUGACAUUUGCACUCCUUGUUUCUGAUGACUGCUCUCAUUCAGUGCAGCUGUGUUGUUUGUGUUACUGUUACAUUCAUCUUUAAUAUGUGCUGUUCUUUUGUGCUUGUUUUAAAAUCUCAGUUAAUUAUGCAUGAUUAAAUGUUAAUAUUGCAACUCUGAAUGUUCAGUAAAUUCAACAGGUCACUGUAAAUUAAUGUUAUCUACGGGCUUUUAUGUAAGAGAAUCAAAAAUGUAUUAAAUAUCUUAAAAAGAAAUUACUUUCUUUUUUAUCUUACUGAGGAUGAGCAUGCAGCACACUGUGGAAAAAAACAUAACAUAAUAUUUGUGCAUUUAGUGAGCAAUUUUAAAAUGUCUUUGGUAGCAAAGCCUUCUCAUUCAGGAACACCCUGCUCACACUUACGCUGUUAAACAUAUAACACUCAAUUUCAGGUGUUAAGUCUAGCAGGGAAUUUAUACUUGUGCGUUGAAUCGAUGCCGUAGCGUUGAAAGGUGUUUUUGGCUUAUGAGACUCCACUGGGUGCACCACAGUGAUUUCCUGCAUUGAUUUUAUGACAGACCUUUGCCACCAUCUGCUGGUUUAACAGUUUGCAUUGUUUAUGAAAACAGAAAAGUACUGUACUGCUGAACUCAUCUAAGUUACCUUUCAAUCUGUAAGUAGCCAGUAACUGAGUCAGGGUUCAAUUAAGGCUGAAACUAAAAAUGAUGAUGACUUUUACUGUAUAUAACUGUUUUUUAGUUUCAUUAUUUCGCAAUGUAGAUCAUUUUUAUUAACAAAUUUAUCAUUUGGUUUACAAAACGUAAACAUAUCAAACAAUACAUUCUCAUUAUAAGAUAGAGCCAAUGUGUUUAAAAUUUAAAUUGAACAGAUACUUAUUCCAUGAUUGCUUUAUUGUAACCUAACUGAAACUUUGGUGUUGAUUAAAAGCAGUUAUAGACAUCCAUAUACAUCCAUAAGAAAUGGAGAGAGCUGGACAUGUAGCCUAUAUGCAGAAAUAAAAAGAUGAUAUUUGGUUUGUGUUAAUUAACUGUAGGCCAUUGUGGGGCAAAUGAUUUUUCAGUUGAGCAAGGACAAUACCAUUAUAUCAUUUCAGACCUCUGAUGAUGCUGAGGAAUAGCAGGCUGUAACAGUUUCACACUGUCUCUAUAUAUAUGGGCAGUGUAUGAGUGCUCAUACAAGCACAAAAGGAAAUAAAUCACAAGAUAAAUGUGCAUAAGAAGUCAGCUGAUAGAUCACAUGAUUCCUUUCUAUGCAACCAACUGGUGAAUGUCAUUCAGGGCGCCCUAUUGAAACUGCUCUGGCCUGCCUACUGUUGCUGCUUCCUCUGCAAGCCCCUUUGCAACCUGCCUCCAUCCAAUUCCUCAUUUUCAUGUUUUGUCUGACUUAUCAACGUCAUUUCUGUUUGCCAUUGAUACUGCUCUGUUCUGUUCCCACAGGGGUCUUCGCCGCUGCUUUCCCUGACUUAGGCUUUUGAUACAGGUGCAGGAAGGUUUGCUCUCUCUGCCUUAGACUUUCCAUGUAGGCAUGGAGGGGCAGUGAGGUGUGCUCUCUCCACCUUAGGCUUUCUGUGUAGGACCGAGGAAAAGCAGAGAGGCCCUAGAACAGAGCCAUACUGCCAAUGGAAAAGUUUUCUCUGACUAAAGUGGUCCUGACUGAAGUAUGUUUGUGUGGGACAAUGUAGGACAGGUUACCAAUGCUGUGAGGUGGUCUGAUCGGAAAGUCACUUUGGUAAAGGUAACAUGUCUGUUUUAUAGUAUUUAAAGAAAAAAAAAAGUGGUCCCUGUACUAAACAGAUUAUAAAACUAUGCUGGAUAGCGAUAUUGGAAAUUUGUUACUUCUAGGUAACUGACAUAGGAAUCAGCUACAUUUGUUCUAUAGGCUGUGAGAGUGUGAUAAUGAUGGUAGCCUAGCUAUUGUAAUGUUAGAUGAACUACCCAAUAAGUAUCUCUCUGCAUUUUCAUUAUUAACUUUUUAAUCAACAGCUGCAUAAUGGAUGCUAAAUAAAAUUGUAUUUGUCUGUUUUUAUU